CUCGCCGUCGCCGACGUCCUCCACACGCUGUCUCGCGAUGUCCGCGGCUGUCUCUGAAAACCCGUCUCUGGAGGCCUUGACUUCCCACUUCCCCCUAACGUUCCCUCUGCCAACACCGACGACUCAUCAUGACCUUGUCUCUACCAAGGACCUUCACCGCGAAGAGGACUUGCUCAGGAACCCGGCUUCCUUCAGACACUGGUGGGCUGCGAUACAAACUGUGAAGGAAUCCUCCGCUGCAGAACAGAGGGCGGAGGGGCCCUCGGACCUCUCGCCUGAGGUUGCUGCUCUUCUUGGACCUCUUUCCUCCCCUGCUGCUCGUAAAUCUCUGCAACGACAAGUCUACCUCUAUGAAGCUGCCAUCGCGCAGUUCCCCGGGUCGUUCAAGCUAUGGAAGUCCUACCUCCAGACACGAAUGACGUUCGUUCUCGGCAAACGAAUAACCAAGAAGAAAGCAGGUGGCAAGAAGAAGUUCCCCGAGAUGCGCGAGGCUCUGGAGGACGAGAAAGAGGACCUUGAGCAGUGGGAGGGUGGCCUUGACGGUGUUGUCGGGUGGGAGGAAUGGCGGCUCCUCAUUGCCACCUUUGAGCGUGCUCUUAUGUGGCUUCCAAGAAUGCCUCGCCUCUGGCUCUUGUACCUUUCGAUCUUCAACCACCCCUUCUGCCCUCCACAAGUCUCGCAUACUCAUGCGCGCCGAACCUAUGAUCGUGCCCUGCGUACACUCCCACCAUCCCUCCACGGCAGGAUAUGGUGUCGAUAUCUACUCUGGGCCGAGUCGAAAGGAGGGGCAACUACGGUGUCUGUCUAUCGCCGCUACCUUCAUGUGGACCCCAGUAUCACAGAGCGUUAUACCGGCAUCCUCCUAGCCCCCACCAAUCCUGCCCCAAGACCGCUCGAAGCGGCCAAGUUGCUCCUCAAUCUUGCCCGAAAAGCUGCACGUGGCGAGUACACCAGCCCCGAGGGCAAGAGCCCCUACCAGCUCCUGGGCGAGUUCCUGGACGUGGUGGAGCAGUAUGCUGAGGAGGUGGGCUUGGACGUCGCAGACACGGACGUCUCAAACGACGCGAUAGCAAAGGCUACCGGAGAGGGUGCGUCGCGUCAACCUGCCGAGCCCGCCGCGGCAGACGAGAAACUCAUCCGCUUUGGGGGCCCGGCUGCUCCAGCCGCGCCAUACGACGAGGACGAAGACCCGAGAAGUCCACGCAAGUUCAACGUGGAGGACAUCAUCCGCAAGGACGGCCUGGAGGUGUACAAGGACCAAGCCGGCCGCCUAUGGACAGGACUUGCGACGUUCUGGAUCAAGCGGGGCGAGUUCGAGCGCGCGAAGCUGACCUUCGAGCGGGGGCUCGCGUCGGUGCUCACGAUCCGCGACUUCACGCAGAUCUUCGACGCGUACGCGGAGUUCUCGGAGAGCUUGAUCAGCGCGCUGAUGGAGAGCCUCGCGAACCCAGACGAGGACGAAGAUGAGGAGGACGUGAAGGAGACGGAGAAGGAGCUCGACACGAAGAUGAAGGAGUUCGAGGAGCUGAUGGACCGCCGACCGUUCUUAGUAAACGACGUGCUGAUUCGGCGGAAUCCCAACGACGUGCAGGAAUGGGAGAAGCGGGUGGCACUCUGGGGCGACAAUGACGAGAAGGUUGCGGAGACGUACACCGAAGCCCUCGCCACCAUCAACCCCCGCCGGGCUACAACGAACUUCCACCAUCUGUAUAUCAACUUUGCCAAGUUCUACGAGGAGGGUGGCACGAAGGGGGAAGCCGAGACCGACUUCGACAGCGCACGCAAAAUCCUGGACAAGGCGACAAAGGUCAACUUCAAAACUGUCGACGAGCUUGCGGAGGUUUGGUGCGAGUGGGCGGAGAUGGAAAUUCGGCACGAAAACUACGACGAGGCGAUCCGCGUUAUGCAACGUGCCGCAGCGGUACCAAAGAACACAAAAGUCAACUACUUCGAUCAUGCACUACCAGUCCAGGCGCGCUUGUUCAAAUCGCUCAAGCUCUGGUCCUUCUACGUCGAUCUUGAGGAGUCGCUGGGCACUGUGGAGACGGCGAAGGCGGUAUACGACAAGAUUCUAGACUUGCGCAUCGCCAACGCUCAAAUCAUCGUGAACUAUGCUUCGUUCUUGGAAGAGAACAAGUACUAUGAGGAGAGCUUCAAGGUCUAUGAGCGUGGCACGGAAUUGUUCACAUUCCCCGUCUCGUUCGAGAUCUGGAACAUCUACCUUGCAAAGUUCGUCAAGCGCUACGGCGGGUCGAAGAUCGAGCGUGCACGAGAUCUCUUCGAGCAAGCACUCGAAAAAUGCCCACCAAAACAUUGCAAGUCUAUCUUCUUGAUGUACGCGACGUACGAAGAAGAGCAUGGCCUUGCGAAGCGAGCAAUGUCAAUAUACGACCGCGCAACAAGCGCAGUUGCGGACGAGGACAAGUUCGAGAUCUUCACCAUCUACAUCGCGAAAGCGACGUCAAAUUAUGGCCUCCCCGCCACGCGGCCCAUCUACGAGCGCGCUCUCGAGAUCCUGCCCGACAAGCAGACCGCAGAGAUGUGCCUGCGCUUCGCCUCAAUGGAGCGCAAGCUCGGCGAGAUCGACCGCGCGCGCGCGAUCUACGCCCACGCCUCGCAGUUCUGCGACCCGCGCGUGCUGCCCAAGUUCUGGCAGGAGUGGAACACGUUCGAGAUCGAGACGGGCUCGGAGGACACGUUCCGCGAGAUGCUCCGCAUCAAGCGCAGCGUGCAGGCGCAGUUCAACACCGAGGCGUCGUAUCUCGCCGCGCAGAUGGCCGCGAAGCAGAGCGGCGUCGACGCGGAGGCGGGCGAGGCGGCGCCGCCCGCGGACGCGAUGGCCGCGGCGGAGCGCCAGGCCGCGGGAGGUGUGAAGGCGCCUGCGUUUGUGUCCGCGAAGCAGAGCACGAACGUAAGGGUGGAGGAGGCGGAGGCGCGGCCGGCGGCGGCGCAGGGGAACGAGGACGAGAUCCACAUAUCGGACGACGAGGACGAGGACUGAGUGUGCUCGCUUGUGCUUGUUGCUUGUUGUUAUGUUUUCUAUACGUUGUACGAUCGGCCCUUGGUUGUAAUACUGCUUUCUGCUGCGAUCGCUCGCGGGCGAACACAAC